AUGGCUACUAAACCAGUUUAUCUCAUCUGGGGUGGUGAAGGUUGGGUCGCUGGCCACCUGAAGGCUCUCCUCGAGUCGCAAGGAAAGGAGGUCCACACCACCACCAUCCGCAUGCAAAACAGAGAAGCUGUCCUCGCCGAAUUGGAGAAAGUCAAGCCCACCCACGUCCUCAACGCUGCUGGAUCAACUGGCCGACCAAAUGUCGACUGGUGCGAGGACCACAAGGAGGAGACCGUCCGAAACAACGUUAUUGGUACCUUGAACUUGGCAGACUGCUGCUUCUUGAAGGGCAUCCAUAUCACCGUCUUCGCAACUGGCUGCAUUUACGCCUAUGACGAGACUCACCCUAUCGGUGGACCAGGAUACCUCGAGACGGACAAGGCCAACUUCAACGGCUCCUUCUACUCGGAGACCAAGGCACACGUCGAGGAGAUCAUGAAGUUCUACUCCAACUGCCUCAUCCUCCGCCUUCGUAUGCCCGUCAGCGACGAUCUCCACUCCCGUAACUUCGUCACCAAGAUCGCCAAGUACGAUCGUGUUGUCGAUAUCCCCAACUCCAACACCAUCCUCACCGAUCUCCUCCCAGCCUCCAUCCUCCUGGCUGAGCACAAGGAGACUGGCAUCUACAACUUCACCAACCCAGGUGCUAUCUCCCACAAUGAAGUCCUCGCUUUGUUCAAGGAAUUCGUUCGCCCAGAGUUCACCUGGAAGAACUUCACCCUGGAUGAGCAAGCCAAGGUCAUCAAGGCUGGACGUAGCAACUGCAAGCUGGAUACUACCAAGCUGGAGUUGAAGCUCAAGGAGUAUGGUUACACUGUUCCUGAGAUCCACGAGGCGUACAAGGGAUGUUUCCAACGCAUGGCCAAGGCUGGUGUGAAAUAG